AUGACGGUGGUGAAGCAGAGGCGAGAGUUUGUGAGUCCCCUCCCGCCGCAGUCCCUUCUCGUGGUUGUCGCCCGGCCUCGCUGCGACGGCGCGGGUUUGGCCUCGCCGGCGCAUCAAUGGCUCGUCGUGGCGGCAGUCAAGUCGUCAGUCGAUAUCGGCUUGUUAGCAUUGGGGCCCGGGCGCUGUGCCCUCUCCCUGCAGCGUCAUGUCGCCAGCGGCCAGCGUCUUUGCCAGGCGCCAAUGCACGGCGCGGAAAUGAAGCUAGCGGACAAAGGAAGCCCCCCUGUACAUGGUGAAAAUGCUUGUCACUCCCCAGAGGCCCAAUAUGUCCAUAGCUCGUGGGACCCGCUCUACCUAUCUCUUCUGUCGCGAGAUGUGCCUGCUGCCUGUGUUGCAUUCCCUUCUUCACCACGGCCGCACUCCGCAGCGCGCGUGCACACUCUCUUUCACCCUGAACCUUUGACCGUCCUCACCGGCUAUACACGCUCCUUACCUUUCGAUAAUCUAUUGUUUUUACCAAUUGCCGCGAGCCGAAGCCCAUCGACACCCGCUCACCAAUCGCACACUAUGAACCGCUGGCUGAACAGGAAAAAAGAUGGCGCCGCCGACGAUGCGGCUGCCGCAAAGAAGAGCAAGAAGAGCAAGAAGGGGCAAGAGGAGCCCAAACCUGAGUUCGACCUCAAUGCCGUCCUCCCCAAAGCAGACGACUUCAGGACGAGCUUGAUCAUGCCUGGGCUUUCAACACGCUUCAGCAUGUUAAGAGAGCAAGACGACCCCUCUUCCGUAAUUGGCAAGGCCAGCGACGACAGCGUGCUCCAACCGAAACGGCAAUCGCGUCUCCACGAGUUCGGCUUCGUUCCCGGUGGUCUCUCCGACAUUGCCGAAGUCUCCUCGCUCAAUGGCUCCAUACGACGACCCUUUGCAAACGAGCGAACAAACUCCUUCGACAGCAGCCAGACCGAUGAUGGCGCAGGUAGCGUCAUGACGCGAGCGAGACCUGGUGAGGGCAACAUCUUGUUUGGUGGGCGGCAGAAAAUCUACAUGAUUUCAAACACAAACAGCAAGGGCACUGGGCGAACACUCUACGACGACGAUGUCAACAUGUCAGCCUACCAACGUCUGCGCCAGGAAGAAAAGGAGAGGCUGAGGCAACAAGCCGAAGACGACGAGGAACGCCGUUCCGAGCCCUCGAGUCCUACCGAGCUCAGUCGUAAGAGAGAGACUUCAUCAUCCACAAACUCAGGCACCGUCGAUGCACGCACAUCUACCACCGCCACCUCGAUAGCUUCCCAAGGCGCCAACUCAGUAAGCGUGACAUCGCCUACCUUUUCCCCAACCAUGUCAUCUCCGGAUCUGAGCCGAAACACCACCAAACGGAGAUUAUACGACAACGGACUGGACCAGCAAAUUCAAGACCAACAGUCCUCGGCCAUGAGCAGACUCAACUCUAUACAACGAGCCCGAGCACCAACAGGACGAUCCACGCCACCCAUCGGUCAGGCACGGUCAGCAACCAACCUCAACGACCGUUUUGCCCGUGGCCCCGGAUUCCGAUCAGACAGCCCAAACGCCCUUGGCUACCCUGGAAUCAGUAGAAACAACUCUGUAGAGUCUAGCCCAGUUCUUAAUCGUGCACAAUCACCAGCCCUGACAAGCCCUGUCAUCAGUGAAAGCGACGAGGCGUAUACACUAAACGCUGCCCUCCAGCCCAACGAUCGAGGCAAGGCCACUGCUAUGGGGGCUUUCAACAAGCCCAAGGAAGCAUUCAGUGAAGAGCAAUAUGCCGAGCGUCUACGUCACUUGCAACAGGACCGUGAGGUGCGCGAAACGCCCACAACUCAGCUUCAGAAAUCACCAUCUCAGAAACCUUCACUGAGGGAACGUGCAGAACAACAAAGACGGAAGCGAGCUGAAAGUGACGCCAAAUCACGAGAACGGUCGGAAUCGCCUGCUGGGCACCAGCCGGCAUCCUCUGCUUUCUCAAGAUUCCAAACUGCUGCUAGUCAAAUGAGGACCACAGGCCCAGGGACGCCAACAUCACCACCAACACCGCCUCCAACGCAGAAAUUGCCUGCAGUUCCAUCUCAUGGCAGACAAUCCCCGGAUGACGACAGUAAAUCAACCUUCUUGGCCUCGCCAGAUGACAGUGACGAUGAGGAAGAAAGGGUUAGGCCACCGAUCCCUACCCGGAGAUAUGAGAACCUUCCAGUAGCAACUGGACCCGCGCCUUCCAUGUUCGAACACCCUGCUUUCCGCUCCCGGACGACGUCAGAUGAAGAGGUGCAUCGAAGUGAUCCUGCUGUUUACAGUCCAUUGUCACCUCAAGAUUCAGCUCAUGCCAAUGAUUCACGGAAACCGAGCGCAUCUUCACUCGCCGGUCAGAAUGAGGUUGAUGUGGCAGGUCUACGAUCGAAGCCGUCACGACUCCUUCAACAAAGCGAGCAGGAUGCUCAGCGUGAACAUGAAUACCGACAACGGUCAGGAACGGAUAGCAAUCGGACUGGUCGUCCCACAGGUCGAUCCGGGCCCAUGUCUACCAGAAGCUCGACACGAGAGCGUUCGAGUUCUGGAACGUCUUCAGGCCGUUCUCGUAGCCGUACCGACCAGUACCGUGAUGACUUGGACCAAGCCAUGACCGAGGGGUCGCGAGGCGCAUACCCAGCCAACACGCUCCCAUCGGUUUCUGGAUACAGCGCUCAUUCUACACCGCCACUUCCUACCGAAAGACCGUCUCUUGAUUCGCAGGGUCGUAUGCGGUCGCGUAGCAACAGCAAAACCACUGCCGCAAACUAUUUCGAGUCAAAACAUCUUCAGCCCAUCCAAACCAAUGGCGGAGCAGGCCAAAAUUCUCGCUCCCCUCUUCAGGGCAAGUUCUCCCCGGGGCUACCCGUAUCACCCAGACCUUCCCCAGGCGGCUUCAACAUGAGCGGCAAUGGUCAACCACAGUCGACGUCACCGAUGCCUCCAUUCUCUGCUAAUGAUACUCCUCCGGUGUCCACCCCUACGACACCCAGUUCGACGGCCUUCAACCCAAAGACUGUACAGCCCUUCAAUAAGCAGGGUCCACUACGCAAGAAGUCCGUUGUGAAGUCAGAAAUCGGGGAGCCUGUCUUCAUUUCCACAACAUCUGUCAUUGACACGAUCAAUCUUCCACCAGGUGCAUCUCUCAAGAACGGCGCAGAAGUCAACGCUCCACCUGUUCCACCGAUCAACCCCAUGAGACGUCGUUUCGGAUUUGGCCGUGGUGAGGCGCAAAGCCCAUCUAGCCCAUCGCCGUAUGAUCCUGCGGUACAGCAUGGCAUGGAGGGUCUGCGCGCACCUUACUCUGAAGCUUUCCGCAGCGAAUCAUCCGAUGCAGUCCACCAGGCUGCGCCCAAGAGCAGGCUGCGAAAGACGUCGAGCGAGGGCAAGAGUCUGCGGGGAGAUGGACCAAGCCAAUCUGGACCGUCUCCGGCGAUGCCCCAAAACGGGUUCACAGAGCGCAACAAUUCACCACCGCGUGCUAUCAAUGGUCAACCGCUCGUUCAACAACCUAUGGAGGGUGGUAUGUUCUAGGCGUUAACUCUGGCAAUCUCCUUUCCUGUCUCUUGAAACUCUAUACCCGCAUUGUCCUGUGUCUGCGACCGUACUCUUGAUACUUUUUCCUUUCUAAUUUCAUAUUGUCUCAUUUUGUUUUCGGCCUCGUGCUCAGCAAUAUACCUCCCAGUUCAGCGGAUUU